AUGCGUCACGAGUUCAGAGACUUUUUAUUUAAAUAUCCGGAAACUUUCACCAUUGACGGGUUAGGGUCUCACUGCCCCAAUAUGGAACUUCAUUUUCAGCCGGAUGUCAAAAUAGACCCUCAGGACACUCAAACGCUUUUGGAUUUUUUAGCUCAAUGUAUUGAAGUUAAGGGCCCCAUUUUAGUCGAACAGCUGUUCCAAAUUGUCAGUUGUAAUCUUCCUGAAAGUAUUUGGUCCAAUUUGUUUAAUACACCUAUACAGUUGUCUAGCUUUCUGAGGCUGUUCUCUGACAGUUUUCAUAUACAAUCGAAUCUAGUUACUUUAUUGCAAACUCCAAAAAUUAGUCAGAAACAUAUAACCGCUCAGAUGGAUUUAAUCAAAGAACAUUCAGUAAAAGAGCAACAAGUUAACAAUGAAGAGGUAAAAAAUGCCAGAAAUAUUAUAAAAGUGGAGCCACAAGAAAAAAAUUCGAUAGAAAAAAUAACUAGUCAAAAUUGUCAAGAGAAUAUUUCUCCAACGUCGCCAAUACCUCCACCGCAAAACGCUCCAUCUAGUCCAAGAUCCAUAAGCGAUAGACUUAGGCAACCGAAAUUGCAGCAAAAACAAAUGGAAGCAAAGCAACAGAAGUCUUUGAGCCCCGAACCAGCGAUAGUACCGGAUAAAAAUGGCGUCGACUUCAGGCUAGGUAAAACGUCUAAGCCUGUGGAUCCCCAAAUUCAAGAUCUUCCAGUGUCUCAAGAAACAGAAUCUACAAAAUUGCCGCCAACGAAACCCACAAACAACAACCAAACAUUGAAGCAAAGAAUUAACAGUUUGGUGUUAAAAACCUUACAAGAAAAUACAGGGAGGGAUAGACAAACAAUGCUAAAUCAACAGCAACCUUACAGCGACGAUCAAAAAAACUCUUCUGCAAAUAAUGAAGAUAAAUCUUGGCCAUUCAGAGAAAACAAAGUCGUUGUAGGCUUCGACUGUGAAGGUAUCAAUUUGGGAGUUAAAGGCCAAUUGACGCUUGCUCAAAUAGCUACAAUGACUGGUUUUGCCUACGUCUUUGACCUGAUUUCAUGCCCCGAAAUGAUUCAAGCUGGUUUAAAAAGGAUUCUGGAAAGUACAGAUGUCAUUAAGGUGGUGCACGACUGCAGGAACGACUCAGUGAAUCUCUUUCGUCAAUUUAACAUUACUUUGAAUUGUGUUUUCGAUACUCAAGCUGCGCAUGCUGUUCUAACCUAUCAAGAAUCCGGUAGACCCGUUUACAAGGCCAAAAGCGUGGCUUUAAACGCCCUCUGUGAAAUUUACGGGGCAUCUGUGAAUCCCAUGAAGGACCAGCUAAAAAAUAUCUAUAGACGCGAUCAAAAGUAUUGGUCAAGGAGGCCAUUGACUCGAGAAAUGAUUUUGUACGCUUCCGCUGACGUUUUGAGCUUGAUUAACGACAAGAUAUAUUAUCCUAUGGUUAGUGCUAUUAAGGAGGAGAAUAGGAAAUUGAUGGUAGAGCUAUGUGAUGAACAGAUAUUUCUACAUAUAAAUCCAGACGAUGUGAAGCUAAAGAAAAGACAAAGAAAAACUGAGACAGAGGUUAAAGAAUUAAGGCUUAAAUUGUCUCAACCCACCAAAAGUGUCGUUUUGAGUAACAGGGAAGUUAGAUUGUUGAGAUACAUUGAACUAACAGAGGAAGAAAAAGAAAAGCUCAAAUCUUCGGCUAAAGUUGCUAAAAAAUUGGAGAAGUUGGAAAGUUUAGGACAAGAGCGAGAUAAUGACAGUUCAGAUGAAGACGGAGACAAUGAUGAUUAUCCGAGUUUUGACAGUGAUAUGACAUCGCCUCGAAAUUCCGAACCGACAAGUUUGACUGAAUCAAUGCAGCUAGUUGAUUCGAUUUUAAAUGACAAUAAGAUUGACAGAUUGGAUAAGAUUGACAAGCUGGAAUCAAUCCUUAGUUCAGCAGCGUUACUGCCAUCUGACGGUGAUAUUGUGAAAUGUUCCUGCAACUGUCACACAAGCAAAAUAAACGGAAUGAAGCCAGAAAGGGUGCUAUCUCCGACGAACGAAUAUGUAACGAGUGUUGGCCAGAACGAGGCCAUCUUUGCGAAGGAAAACCAUUCGAACAUUAGUACUCAAACGUUGAGUACCGGCGAUAUUGUUGUUACGAAGAUAUUUUUUCAAGAACCAACAGACUGAUGUAUAAGUGACAUUUGACACUGAAAGUAUCAAUUUUCUUGAAAGGCUCAUUAAACAUAUUUUUUAACUAAAAUUUUGGGGAAAAAUAUUAUAAUAAUUAUUAUCAGAUGGUAAAAUAUUAUUUUUACUGAACCUUAAGGCUAGUCCUGACCAUAGAAUUUGGUGCCUUAUUGAAAAUUAUACGUAAUUUGCCUUGUGUGUAAUAAUAACAAAAAAGCCUUAUGUAUAAGCAUAUCACUACAGCUUAUUCAAUACUAGCUACUGAUAGGGAAGUGCCUUUAAACCGGAAGAUUGAUUUUUUGUCUAAUUUAUGAUCGAGAAAAAACGGCGUCAAGUGAGCUUAGACAUGGCGGUCGAUGAUAUUACAUUAUAGCUUAAUUUUUUAUGCCUACUCUGACGCCGUUUUUUUUUCUCUCGACCGUAUUGUAUUUUUUACGGCCUCGAACAAAAAGGGGGUCGUGUUACCUCGGAAAUGAUUGAUGGCAUUCACCAUGUAAUUUCAGAUAUAAAAUGCUGGCGAUCUUUAUUUUGAAGCCUUUUAUUCGAUUUUAUGGUAUAUUUUUAUGGUUUACGUAUACAGUGAUCUAGAAAAAAGGGCGUCAAGUUGGCUUGGAAAUGACGAUCGAUGACAUUGACUGUAAAUUUCAGACAUCAAACAACUGUAAUGUUUAUUUUCAGUGCAACUCUGACGUCGUUUUUUUUCUCUCGAUCUUAUAGUAUUCUUUGCGGUAUACAUAUAGAGUAUAAUCUAGAAAAAAAAGGCGUCAAGUUGACUUGGAAAUGACGGUCGAUAAUAUUGACUGUAUAAUCAAUGCAAUCUUAAUUUUGAAGGCAACUCAUAACGCUGUUUUUUUUCUCGGUCGUAUGUUAUUUUUUAUAGUAUACACAUACAGAAUGAUCGAAAAAAAGCGUAAAGUUAGCUUGGAUAUGUCUAUUGAGGAUAUUAACCAUAUAAUUUUAGAUAUAAAUUAUCAGCGAUCUACAUUUCCAAGCUAACUCUGACGCUUUUUUUAUCCUGUGUAUUUUUUUACGAUCUACACGUACAGUAUCAUUAAAAAAAGGCAUUAAGUUGGCUUGAAAAUGACGAUCGAUGGAUGCCAUUCACCAUUUAAUUUUAGUUAUAAAUUGGCGUUCUUUAUUUCCAAGCCAACUGUGACGCCAAUUUUUUUUCUCUAUCUUAUAGUAUUCUUUACGGUCAACAUAUUUAGAAAAAAGAAUGUCAACUUGGCUUAGAAGUGACUAUCGAUGACAUUCGCCAUAUAAAAUUAUUAUACAUGUGAAAUAUAGCAAUCUUCAAUCCAAUUGGAAACAAACUCUUAAUGCCGUUUUUUUUCUCGAUCAUUGGUAUUCUUUACUAUCUAUACAUACAGUAUGAUCGAAAAAAAGGCGUCAAGUUGGCUUGAAAAUGAAGAUCGAUGACAUUUACCAUAAAAUUUUACAUACUAUAAAACGAUAGCGGUCUCCAUUUCCAAGCUAACUCGGACGCUGUUUUUUUUUCGAUUUUAUGGUAGUUUAAUACAUGUAGAUAGAAAAAAAACAAAGAACUAACUAGUAUUGAAUAAGCAUAUAUUAAUAUUAACUUUAUACAAUAAAAUGCAACUUAUUGCAUUAUAAGCGGAAUUCAUUAAAAAAGUCAAUAUUAAAAGAAACAAAAUACAAGAUCAAAUAGUUUUCUUGUUAUUUGUUAUUAGUUUUAUAUAAAUAUAUAAUAAACACAUAAACAUACAAGUUGAAAAAGUAAACUGCAGUGCGAUUCUGUAAACAUAUUUCCUGUCUAGUGACUCAUCAAUCGUAUGAGAAUAACAUAGGCUAGGCAAUAAAUUUCUUGCUACGGAGCUUACAAAAUCCCACUGCUGGGUAUAUUUUCAAUUCUUUAAUACUCUGUUAUAUACUAUGUACUCAGUUUGGUAAAAGAAAAAUUUGUAUAGUAGUUCAGUGCUCAAUAAAUUAUAGAAUAGAUAUACCAGAAAAAAAUGUACUGUGAAAAUCUGUCACGAAAUUUGUGAAAUGUUUUACAAGUGAAAAACAGUUUUUUAUGUCUAAGUACUUAAAACUGGCGAAUAUGGUGGCAAUAUUAGUAAAAGUUCAUCAAAUUUUGACUUGGAAAACAAAAUUGUGAUGGAAGGUUGUAUUCGGACGAAAAAAAUUUGUGAUAUAUGGCCUUAUAUUGAAAUUAACACAUAUUUCAAUAUACAUUUUCUACAAAAAAAUAAUAUAGAAAAUAACUAUUAGUUAACCUAAAAUAUCAAUAUGAUUAUAAAAAAUGUAUACUGCCUAAAUGCAGUCAAUUAGAAUCAUUUAGAGAAACAUAUUAAUUAGAUUGAUACCGUAUGAUCGAAAAAAACGGCGUCAAAGACGGUUGGGGAAUGACAGUCAAUGAUAUUUUUGACGAGGUCAAUCUCUAGACGUCAUUUACUAAAAAUUGACGUAAGACUUGCCAAAAAUUGACACUAAUUAUAGAAAAAUUAAAGGAUAGAACGUUUCUAGAUACUCAAAUCUAUUUCCAAAAAAUUAUUUUUCUUGAAUUUUUAACUCUAUUUUUACCCAAUAUAAAAAUGGCGUCUAGAGGUUGAUGUCGCCAAAAUAAAUCAACGAUUGUCAUUCCUCAGCUAUCUUUGACGCCGUUUUUUUUCGAUCGUAUAGUAUUAAACACUUAUAAAAAUUUUAUUUAAGUUUUAACCGAGAAUAUUUUUACUUAUCAAUUAAUUUUAUAGAUUUAUAUGUUUAUUUUGGCAAAUAAUAAAUUUGCAGCCAUAUAUUUUAAUGUUUUUAUAUCUAUUGAUAUGUAUCUGUAUAUACCGGUACGACAAAAAGUUUCAUGAUCAAGCCAGAAAAAUUUGUCAUCAUACAAAGAUUUUUGAUCUUACUGUAUAUGUUACGUAUAUACCAUAUGACCGAAAAAGGCCUCCGCGUAAUGCCGUUAUUUUUCGAUUGUACAGUACAUAUACAGUAGGAUCAAAAAGUUAUAUGAUCAGUCGUUAUUUUUUCUUAGUGUUUCUAGUUUAUUUGUCAUUAUACACAGUACAGGGUGUCUUCACAUCAUUGUCCACUGUGUUACUUCUUUAUGAAAUUAAAGAUGCUCCAUACAGUACAAUAGUACAAAAGAGUACAUUAUACAACAUUUUAAAAUUCGCCCUGUAUUUCAG